AUGGGAGCAGGUGAUAGAGGGACAGAGCAGGGCACUGGCACAGGACCGCCAGAAGGCAAGCACAGGGAUGAUGUCUGGAGCUGCAGGCACACACAGCCAGUUGUGCUGGAGCACGGGGCCGGUGCAGAGCUGAUGGACAAGGGACAACUUUCCGAAGAGUUUCACCACUUCCCCUCCCGUCCCCUGUCCCACACCGGAGCUUGCCCCGAGCUGGCACAGUUUACCGGGUCUGGGGGAACGGCGGACGGGACACCGCGAGGUGCCAACCGGGACGAGGACACAGCCAGUCAGAAGCCCCCAACUGAAGCCAGACAACCACCUCAGCAGAAGCCCCUGACUCCGCCCGGGGCCGGGGUCGCGGGAGACCCCAGGAAGGGGCUCCGGCCGGGGCAGGCUCGCACAGCCCCCACGGGCAGCCGCGCUCCGGUUCCCUCCCCGCUGCCCCCCCGUCCCCGCGGGGCUCCCCCACCAGCGGGGGCUCCUCCCACCGCCCUGCGGCUGCACCGGGCCUGGCUGCGCUUCACGGCCGCUCCCCCGAACCCCAAUGCCCCGGCAGCCGCCACCCCCGCCCGCGCCGGCCAUCCGCCCCCUCCGCGCACCGGGCCCGGCCCGGCCGCCCCCGCCGCACCGGGCCGCGCUCGCUCCUCCGCCCGCCGCACCGGGCCCCGCAGCCCCGCAUCCGCCCCAUCGCUCCGGGCCCUGCCCGCCGCCCUCCCCGUCCCGCUGCCCCGGGGCCGCCCUCCCCCUUCCCCCAGCCCCGGGCCCUGCCCGCCGCCUCCCCCAGGUGCCCCGGCCCGGCCCCGCACAGCCCGGGCCUGCGGCCGCCGCCGCGCCCCGUACCUUCGGGAGGCGCGCCCCCGGCGCUCGGUGCCGUGCCCCGGCGCUGCCCGCCCCUCAGCCCGCUCGCAUGGCGCGGCGGCCGGGCCCGCCGGGCUCCGUGUCCGUCCCGGUGCCGGUGCCAGUCCCGGUGCCGCUCCCGCUCCGGCCUCAGCCCCGCCUCAUGGCGCCCCCGCGCCCGCCGCGCCGAUGGAACCGGCCGCGCCGCGCUGCCCCCCCCUCCCCGCGCAGCACCGCCUCCCCCCCCGCGCCGCGGCGAUGGGCGCGCCCGCCGCCUCCUGCCGUAAUGAACAGAAGAGCGGCGCGGAAGAAAUGCACCGGGGGAUCGCGGCCAGCUGGACAAUCCACCCUUGUCCCAGCGGGUCUGAAGUAGGUCAGGGAGGCUGGGCCAAGCUCCUGGGAGGGGAGUGGGUGGCAGGGGGUGCAGAGGGCCCCAGGCACCCGCCCCAGUGGCCACACCACAAGGCUGGUGCCCAGCCCCUGUCCUGGAGGCAAAGGUCUGGCAGCGUCAAGAUGAGAGAGCAGAGGCAGCAUCCCCAGGGACACAGCCACAGGCAUCCUGGCAGGAUGGCAUGGCGCUCUUGUGUGCUGCUCCCCUUCCUCCUGGCAACAGUUUCAGGAAACACCGUCCCCAUCAUCAAUUCAACCCUCUUCUACGUGCCUGAGGACCUGGAGCUGAACCAGUUUGCUUUCCAGCUGGAGGCUUACGACCUGGACCAGGACCCCCUCACCUACCAAAUUGAAGGGCCAGAUGCCUUCUACUUCCUUAUGGACUCCAAAUCAGGCAGAGUGACACUGAGGAACUCCCUGGAUCGUGAGCUCCAGGCCAAGCUCACCAUCACUGCCAAAGUGUCAGAUGGUAUAAACUCUGAGGUUUCCAAAAAAGUCACCAUCAUCGUGGAGGACCGCAAUGACAAUGUCCCCGUGUUCCAGCACCUGCCAUAUAACGCUGACAUCCCCGAGAACACGACUGUGCACAGCAUCAUCUACACCGUGUUUGCCAACGACAGCGACACUGGGAACGCCUCCAAAGUCAGCUACAGAAUCCAGGAGGUGAUCCCAGACAACGUGAACAAUCUCCAGCUCUUCUACAUCCUGACCAAUGGGAGUGUGGUGCUCAAUGGUUCCCUGGACUAUGCCAAGAACACUUUCUACCAGAUCAAGAUCCUCGCCCAGGAUGGUGGAGGAUGGCUGCACAACGUUUGGACCGUCCAGAGUAGCUCUACUUACCUGUCCCUGACCAUUACAGAUGUGCCCAACCUGGACCCACGGUUCCUCAAUGAGCCCUACUCGGGCUCUGUGCCUGAGAACUGUGACCUGGGCACCGUUGUGCUGACUGUCACCGCCAUGGACCAAGACACAGGGGUGAAUGACAACAUCUCCUACAUCAUCACCAAUGCCAGUGUUCCUUUUGUUAUCAACAAUACAACGGGAGCCAUCAGUGUGAGUGAGCCCCUGGACCGUGAGCAGCUGCCCAGUGAGGAAGUGCUGCUGCAAGUCACGGCACGUGAGGAGCACCCAGAUAUCUACGGCAAGGUGGCCCAGGCCAGCACCCUGGUGACAGUCUUGGUGACUGAUGUCAAUGACAACAAGCCCCAGUUCUACAACUGCUCCCUGUCCAGCUGCAACUUCUCUGCCAGUGCUCAGAACAACUUCAUAGGCAGCAUCAUAGAGCACUCCUCCACCAGACUGCCUGUGUCCAACCUCAACAUUGUUGCCUACGACCCAGAUAAGGGCAUCAACAGCAGUUUUGAGCUGAGCCUGCGGGGUCCGAAUGCCAACGCCUUCACUGUGUCCCCCACAACGAUUGUGGGUGCAGGGGAAGUCCAGAUCCUGGUGCAAAACUCAUCCUUAGUGGACUACGAGAUAAGCCAUGUCAUGGUGGUGCAGAUCAUUGCUAAUGACACGGGGAACCCUACAGACUGCUGCUCCACGGCCACCGUGACCAUUGAGCUCAUCGACAGCAAUGACCACAUCCCUGAGUUCCCCCAGAGCACCUACAGCCUGUCUGUGAUGGAGAACAGCCCCGACGGCACCGUCAUCUCCCCAAACAUCACGGCCUAUGAUCCAGACAGCGGUGUCCUGGGCCAGAUCACCUACCAGCUGCUCCCAGAGAACAUCCACAAUGUCUUCAUGGUGAACGCCACAAGCGGGGCCCUGCUGGUGCACAACGGGAGCUUGCUGGACAGGGAGACUCGCUCCAUCUACUAUGCCAACCUGCAGGCCAGGGACGGGGGUGGCCUGGUGGGCACCACGGUGCUGGAGAUCACCGUGCUGGAUGCCAACGACAUGGCACCCAUCGUCAUUGGCUCCUACUUCAUCUCCGUGGAAGAGGGGCAGAAUGUUAGCACACAGAUCCAGGCCAUCGACAAUGACAUGCCUGACAGCCCCAACAGCAAACUGGGCUUCAUGAUCUUGCCAGGACUGUUCAGCAACAACUUUACCAUCAAUAGAGACACAGGUGAGAUGCACAGCACAGAGCCGCUGGACUGUGAAGCCUUGGAGGAUGAGCAUGGACAGAUGGUGGUGACAGUGAUGGUGUAUGACCACGGCGAGCCACCGCUGAACACCACGGUGAACGUCACCAUCACCGUGGGGGACCUGAAUGACAACAUUCCCGUGUUCCUCAACCAGUCCUAUGAGUUCUCAGUCUUUGAAGAGUCUCCAGGGUCCUUUGUGGGUGAGGUGAAUGCCACAGAUGCCGACAGGACAGAGAUCAAUUCCCGCAUUUCAUUCCGGCUUGAAAGAGACUCUGGCUCCAGCAACUUCUUGAUCCGCUCAACCCGCCUGGGGCCAGGGAACUACAGUGGGCAGCUGUCUGUAGACCCUGAGAUACUCCUGGACUACGACACGCUGGAGCAGAAGUUCUUCACCCUGAUGGUGCUGGCAGAGAACACAGCUGCAGACAACGCCGGGGACAAGGCCAACGUCUCAGUGACAGUCCACAUCCUCGAUGUCAACGACGAGCCCCCCACCGUCCUGCCAGGCUCGCUGCAGGACGUGUCAGUGGCUGAGAACGGGACACAGCAGGGCCUGAUCCACACUCUGAACGCCUUCGACCCUGACACCAACCACUCGCUGCUCUUUGAGGAGCUGGCGGUCGCCUGCUUCAAGGGGGACAGCAGUGCUGGGGACGUGUGCUGGGAGUGGUUCCUGCUGGCACCCAAUGGCUCAGUGCUGGUGAACAGCUCAGACAUCGACUACGAGGUGUGUGACAGGGUCCUGCUCACACUGAGGGUGGAGGAUCUGUACACUGAGAAAGGAAACCGCUACAGCCAGAACGAAACCCUGAGGAUCAUCAUUAUUGAUGUGAAUGACAACGCGCCAGUCUUCGAGGCCAUCUCAGAGACUUUUGUGGUUGUCCCCGAAAUCUCUCCUGUGGAACUGCAAGUGGCUACUGUGAAGGCCACAGAUGCUGACACGGGGCUGGGGGGAACCAUCACCUUCUCCAUCGUCAGCGUGGUGCUUGUGGAGGACAGCGGGGGCAGUCGGCCCUUCGAGAACCUCUUUGGGGUGUCCACAACACCUGACAAGGGCGCCUACAUCGGGAGUAUCCGAGUGGCCAGCAACCUUGAUGAAUCUCUGAAGGGGCAGUACAAGGUGACGGUGGAGGCUAAGGAUGGUGAGGAACCAGUGCACAGAGCCCAGACCGUGCUGAGUAUCUUCACGGUGGAUCAGAGCUACCGCAUUCGGCUCCAGUUCCUGACAACGGUGGAAGAAGUCCAGAGUAACUCCGAAAAUAUUAAAUUGGCCCUGACCACAGUGACCAAGGCAGCAGUCUACGUGGUGGCCAUCCGAAGCGUGGAGGACACCCGUGACACCCACGUGGAUGCCAAGUCAGUGAUGGAAGCCUACUUCGUGUACAGCAAUGGCACUGCCCUGGAUGUCAAUGACCUGAUCACACUCAUCCAGUCCGAUCCGGUGGGCUUGGCUGAGCUGGUGAAGCUGGGCCUGGCUGUCAUUGGCCCCGGCGAGGUGACAAAGCCCACCAAGGAGGUGGAGCUGAUUGGCAUUAUCGCAGGAUUGGCAGCAUUCCUGCUCAUCUUCAUACUCAUCAUGACCCUGGUUUUGGUGCUCACCACCAGGAGCUACAAGAGGAAGCUGAAUGCCAUGAAGGCUCUGAAGGUGGCCACAACAUUCGACCCUGCAACAGCACAGCAGGGAGCUGGCAUCCCUGGGACCAACCAGUACAACGCUGAGGGGGCCAACCCCAUGCUGAACCGCCCGCUGGAUCCCUCCCACGACCUGGGCUUCCAUGAGGACUCCAUCUCUGUGACCAGCAUGAAUUCCCUGGAUGAAAAUACGGUAAAUGCACCAGCAGAUGACAACUUUGAGGUCGAGCAGGUCAAAAUGCAGCCAACAGACCCCACUGACAAGGAGGUGCUGGUGGCUGCCCUGAACAUGAAGGAGCCCAGCAGAACAGCAUACCUCAACACCACCUUCACCACCACGGACUUGUGAGCGGGCUCACAGGGCGCAGCAGGGCCAGAGCAGGACUCAGGCAGCUGCUUCAGUGUUGAUAUGUUCAGUGUCUGGCAA